AUGUCAUCCGCCGACCCCCCAGCUCAAAACGAUGUGUCCGCCGCUCAAAAAACUGCAAUGGCGAAGAUGGCUGCGGCCAAAACCUCGGAAGCGACAAGUUCGACCAUGUUUAUCCUUUUCGCAGUGAUCUUUCUAGUGGUGAUGUUUGUAACAUUACCAUUGGUUUAUAUGCAUAUGGUCCCAGGUCGGAUCAAAAAAGGCUGGACUCUAAAAACUUAUACUGGAGAUACCCUUCAGAGCAGAUCCUUAACAAACUCACGCAUAAGUCCGAAUAAAAAAAUACCUCAAUCCAUCAAUCCCAUUUGGGCUAUUUUUGUCGUGUUUCUAUUUGGACUUUUGAACAAAAACCUUCACACUUCUCAAUCGAAUUUUAAAAGACCGGGAUGGGUGGCGGCCACCUUGUUACCACUUGUUUAUAUACUUGCUAUGAAAAAUACUCCCCUAGCAAUCUUGGGAAAGGGAUACGAGUGUGUUAAUUACAUCCAUCGCUUUAUCUCUCGGCUUCUUAUAAUCGCAGCCCUUAUUCAUGCUGGAAUUUAUUUUAACCUCAAACUGACAUCAGGAGGAAAAGUUUCAUUCGGAACCACUAUUGUGUCCGGCCUAGUGGCCUUGUUAGCUUUUGUGAUCAUCUUGAUCAGCUCCUUGAAACCUAUCAGAGCUCGUUUCUAUCAAACUUUUAUUGUUUUACACGUCCUUAGUUACUUGAUUGUAUUAGUGGCCCUUGCGCUACACGUCAAGACGUUACUUCCUUAUGUAGGAGUGGCAAUCGCUGCCCUUGUGAUUGAUAUAGCACAGGUCUACCUUUUCAAAACCCGUCUACGUUCAGCAACUCUGACCGCCCUACCUGGUCAGGUGACUAAGGUGGAAGUGGACCAGUUAGGAGAUGGUUGGCACGCUGGUCAACAUGUCUAUCUUCGCGUGAUGAAAGGUACCUCAGCUUUGCAAAAAGCGAUAUAUUCAAUAGGUCUUAGUAAAAACAUCACCUUACCAGAACAAUUUGAGAAAGACACAGAGUCUGACAAAAACCUCGAAAGUUUGCAACUUGAGGAGACCUCAAAAAUACCUGUAGCUAUCGAAGGGCCAUAUGGAUCAAUUUAUACGGAUAUGUCUAAAUAUGAGACUGUUCUCUUCGUAUCUGGUGGAAGUGGAUUCAGUUGGUGUAUGGCUAAUAUCGAAGAGACUGUGGGUCAAGUGGUCCGUGGAGAGGCUAUCACUCGAACAAUUUUCAUUGUAUGGAGUCUACGUGACCUAGAUAUGGCUCAGCCCUUCUCAAAAUCAUUGAAUGAUACUAUUGAACUAGCCUUGAGAGCAGGUUUAGAAGUUACCUUUAAUAUACACCUAACAACUCAAUCGAAAAGCGUACAACUUCCACCAACAAUUCACUCGAAAUUAAUCCAAUCGAGAGUAGAUCUCAAUGCUUUAAUCCAAACAGUUUCAGAGCGUACGAAAAUGUCUAUCGAAGGUAGAGGUGAUUCAGUAGGAAAUGGGAUCGGGAUCGGUGUUUGUGGUCCUAGACAGUUGGUCACUGCAAUGAGUAAUGCAGUUUGUAAUGCAGAUUCAACCCUUGCUUAUAAAGUUGGAGGUCUCAACCUUCACACUGAAUCCUUUGAUUGGUGA